AUGGGUCAAGGACAGUCAGGACUCGGCGGCGGUCUCAACGGCCACGCCGCACAGGGCUCUGGACGCAACCAGAACGAUGACAAGGACAAGAAGAAGAAAAAGUACGAGCCGCCGGCGCCAACGACGAUCGGCAAGCGCAAGAAGAAGCGCGGACCCGAGUCGACCAACCGACUUCCUGCAGUCGUCCCGCACACCAAGUGCCGGUUGCGUCUCCUCAAGUUGGAGCGCAUCAAGGACUACUUGCUCAUGGACGAAGAGUUUAUCCUCAACCAGGAGCGUCUCAAGCCUCAGGAAGAGAAGAAUCAGGAAGAGCGAGUCAAAGUCGACGAGCUUCGCGGCUCGCCAAUGCUUGUCGGCACGCUUGAGGAGAUCAUUGACGACUCACACGCGAUCGUCUCAUCCGCAAUCGGACCCGAGUUUUAUGUCACCAUCAUGUCGUUCGUUGACAAGGACCAGUUGGAACCCGGCUGCACCGUUUUGCUGCACAAUAAGCUCAACUCUGUCAUUGGUGUUCUUGCUGAUGACGCCGACCCCAUGGUCAACGUUAUGAAGAUUGAGAAGGCGCCGCGCGAGACGUACGCCGACAUUGGUGGUCUUGAUUCGCAAAUUCAGGAGAUCAAAGAGUCUGUCGAGCUUCCCUUGACACAUCCCGAGCUGUACGAAGAAAUGGGCAUCAAGCCGCCAAAAGGCGUCAUCCUGUACGGUCCUCCUGGCACCGGCAAGACACUGCUCGCCAAGGCCGUCGCCAACCAAACAUCUGCCACCUUUUUGCGCGUCGUCGGCUCGGAGCUCAUCCAAAAAUACCUUGGUGACGGUCCCAAGCUCGUUCGUGAGCUCUUCCGUGUCGCCGAAGAGCACGCACCUUCCAUUGUCUUUAUUGACGAAAUUGAUGCCGUGGGUACCAAGCGUUACGACUCAAACUCUGGCGGCGAGCGCGAAAUCCAACGCACCAUGCUCGAGCUGCUCAACCAAUUGGACGGUUUCGACACUCGAGGCGACGUCAAGGUCAUUAUGGCGACAAACCGUAUCGAUUCACUCGAUCCUGCUCUGAUUCGUCCAGGCCGUAUUGAUCGCAAGAUUGAAUUCCCAUUGCCAGACGAAAAGACCAAGCGUCGCAUCUUCUCCAUUCACACUGGCCGCAUGACUUUGAAUGCGGACGUCACAUUUGAAGAGCUCAUCUCUGCCAAGGACGAUUUGUCUGGCGCUGACAUCAAGGCUAUCUGCACUGAAGCUGGUCUCCUGGCUCUUCGUGAGCGACGUAUGAAGGUUACGCUGGAGGACUUCCGCAAGUCGAAGGAGAAUGUGCUUUACCGAAAGAACGAGGGACACCCAGAGGGCUUGUACCUCUAAGGGUUUCUCCUGUUCUGUUUGUUCGUUGCACUCGAUUCCUAUCUUCCUCUCCCCUUUUCCCCCUUUCUCGGCCACUUGCGUGCGCUUUGUAAACAAAGAAAUGAUGAAAACCAACACGCACAACUUGCACAUUUUGACGGU